AUGUCAGCUUCCAACAUCAGUGAUAAUACUCUCCCAGCAACUCUCUUUCUGACAGGGAUCCCAGGGAUGGAGGACAGUCACAUCUGGAUUGCUAUCCCAUUUUGUGUCAUGUACCUGGUGGCACUGGCUGGAAAUACUUCCCUUAUUUUGGUCAUUGUGACAAAUAAUACUCUUCAUGAACCCAUGUACCUCUUCCUUUGUCUUCUCUCACUUACCGACCUAGCCCUCAGCUCCACCACAGUACCCAAGACACUGGCUAUUUUGUGGCUCCAUGCUGGUGAGAUUUCCUUUAAAGGCUGCCUAGCCCAGAUGUUUUGCGUCCACUCUAUCUAUGCUCUGGAGUCCUCAGUUCUUCUUGCCAUGGCCUUUGAUCGAUACGUGGCUAUCUGCAAACCUCUCAGAUAUACAACCAUCCUCAACCAUAGUGUCAUAGGCAGAAUCAGCCUUGUCGGAAUAUUCCGUAGUAUAGCUGCUCUUUCCCCUCUUAUCUUCUUGCUGAGGCGACUGCCCUACUGUGGGCACCGUGUUAUGGCACACACUUACUGUGAGCACAUGGGCAUUGCUCGACUGGCCUGUGCUAGCAUCACCGUCAAUGUUAUCUAUGGGCUGACUAUGGCUCUGCUGGCUGUGGGUCUGGAUUCCAUCCUCAUUGCCAUAUCCUAUGGCUUUAUCCUCCAUGCUGUCUUUCACCUGCCAUCCCAUGACGCUCGGCACAAGGCUCUAAGUACCUGUGGUUCCCACCUUGGAGUCAUCCUGGUUUUCUACUUUCCUGCCUUCUUCUCCUUCCUCACUCACCGCUUUGGCAGACACCGUGUCCCCAAGCAUGUGCACAUCUUUCUGGCUAAUCUCUAUGUGCUUGUGCCUCCUGUACUCAACCCAAUCAUCUAUGGGGCCAGAACCAAGGAGAUCCGGAGUCAACUUCUAAGAAUGCUUCAUUUGAGGAAGGACUUAGUAUAG